GCCGUCAGCGUCUCAGGAGGGAGGCGUAGAGAGUAGAGAGGGAGGAGGCAGGUCGCUGGCUGUGCCCGCUUCCUGUGUCUCCUUGCCUUAACUCUGUCGCUGUUUCGGAGUAGAAGUCGAGCAGCUUCGGAGAUAAUCGCUGGGUAUGACAUCCGGAUCGGAGGGGAUUUAACUCAACGAUUAAACAAAAACAGAUCGCAUUGGAUUUACGGAUGGGGAUCCGAAGCACAAUGAGCUUGGUUGGUGUCUUACGGUUCUGCGUUGCCUUGUCUGUCAUAACUACGGAUGGCAUAUGGUCCAUGACAAUCUCAGCUCCUUAUGAAUCCUACUACUGCCCGGAAGGGGCUAAUGUCACCCUGAUUUGCACCUUCAAGGGGGAAGAGAAUCACCUGGGGUACAGCUGGUAUUUUACCCCCCAUCUUGAGAAGCCGUGUGAGAAGAUCCACCCACGCCAGCCGCACAACCGCACCCCCACCCACGGCCACAGCCAUGGGCACGGUCAUGGCCCAGGCGUGCUGUCUGGCAUCAGCAAAGGCAAUCUGACAGUCAGCCUGAUCAACUUAACACAGCUCGACCAGGGACGCUACUGCUGCAUUCUCUAUGACAAGAAUCAACACCACAUUUUACAGCACAGCUUUGUCAGGCUCCUAAUGUCUCCCAGGAACAACAACAGUCACCAUUGCACCACGUAUGCCAAGAGCGAAGACGGCUCUGCUACUGCUGCUGGUCUGGCCACUGCCGCAUGCAUCAUUGGAAUCCUGGCUCUGCCACUGAUCCUGCUGCUGGUGUACAAACAGAGGCAGACAGUCAACACCAACCGCCGAGCCCAGGAGCUGGUGAGGAUGGACAGUGCGGCACAGGGCCAUGAGAACCCAGUGUUUCUGGGGGAGUCGCCUCAGGUGAAGACACGCACGGUGUCCCAGAUCAUGCGACAGCAGUCAGAGACAGGCCGCCACCUGCUGUCAGAACCCGGGACACCACUGUCGCCCCCCCCAAACGGAGAUGUCUUUUUCCCUUCUCAAGAUCCCAUUCCGGAGUCCCCUGACUUAAUAAAAGUAUAGCUGGGGAGUGGAAUAUGACACAUGGGCAUAUGGGCCACAAGAUUUUUCUAAAAAAACAUUUUCAGCACGAGCACACUGUACGUAAAACCCCAGAUUUUUCAUUACCCAGAAGUCAUUGUUUUUCUGGAUUUUGAAAGCUAUAUAGAUCUUGUUCUCAGACUGUCCUCAGUGCAAGGCUGUCACUGGGUUUUUACUACGUGACUCUUUUCUGUUCUCUUCCUUGCUGUGUGGCUGAAGAUAACAAUGGGAAUAACACAUUUCACACUUGCAAAAACGUCUAAAGGAUAAACGGACCUUGCUUCCUUUGCACCUUGUUGCAGUGGGGACUUCUCUUUGCGUAACACUCGGUGCAUUCAGACAGCACCUGCGUUGGACUGGCCCGUGAUUAGCACAGCGUGAAGCUCCCAGUCAUGUUUGUCUAAGUAGAACUAUGUUGCAUUGAUCCAUAUGUCAGUAAUGGUGGCAGUGUCAUAUGGCCAAAUGUGCAAACAACACAAUGUCUGAUUAGGGCUGGGAUUGUUAAUUCAGUGCAAAAUCCAGAGAUGGGAGUUUUGUUUUUUCAGCUUUUUGUAUUACGCUUGUCUCUGUUUACUUAUAGACUUUGGUCUCCAUUCCCCUCCUUAGCCACCCUCCUCUUUGUCUUCACUCCUCCCUCCAGCUAUUUCCCUUUGUAUUCUGCCAUCUCUGGCAGAAUUCUGCCGUUUCCUUUCUCCCUUCUUGCCCUCCAGUUCUCUCUUGCACCUCUUUUGUUGGAUAGUUGGCCACGUGAGGAUGGCAGUUCUCUUUAUUCUGCAUCACAGGACUUUGUCCAUGUUUACAGACUGAUAGAACACAUACAGUGAAGGAACAAGUAAUAGGUUUAUUCCAUGCUGAAAAAAAGAAGAAAGAAAA